GUCCGUCUCGGCGUCUCGCAUCCUCCAUCCCCAACCCGUCGAAACCCUAGCCCGCAAUCCCCGCAAAAGUCUCGCUCUCGCCGCCUCCCCGGCGCCAUGGGCAAGAAGCGGAAGCUGGAGACCAAAUCCGCGGCAGCCGCUAAGUCUACCCCGGCCGCUGCAGCCAGGUCCGCCACCGCUAUGGCCGCCGGCCUAUCCGAGGUCACCGCUCCCGUCGUGGCGCCGAGGGAGGAGAAGCUGUCCGAGGAGGCAGGCGUCAAGGAGGAAGUCGAGGAGGAGGUGGAGGUCGAGGAGGAAGUGGAGGUCGAGGAGGAGGAGGAGGAGGUGGAGGAGGGCGAGAGCGACCCGGCCUCGAUCCAGUCGCUGCUGGAUUCCUUCCCCAAGGACCAGCUCGUCGAGCUGCUCCGCGACGCGGCCGUCGCGCACAGCGACGUGCUAAGCGCCGUCCGGCGCGUGGCCGACGCCGACCCGGCUCAGCGGAAGAUCUUCGUCCACGGGCUCGGCUGGGACGCCACCGCCGACACCCUCACCGAGGCGUUCGGCCCCUACGGCGAGAUCGAGGACCUCAGGGUCGUCACCGACCGCAACACCGGCAAGUGCAAGGGGUACGGCUUCAUCCUUUUCCGCCACCGCUCGGGCGCCCGCGCCGCACUCCGUGAGCCCCAGAAGAAGAUUGGGAACCGCAACACUGCCUGCCAGCUCGCCUCUGUCGGCCCUGUCCCUGCUGGUGGUGCGGCCAACAACUCUGCGCCAGCCCCAGCUCAAUUGCAGCUGCCACCGGUUUCAGAGUACACGCAGCGCAAGAUAUUUGUCAGCAAUGUUGGUGCAGAUAUCGAUCCCCAGAAACUGCUUCAGUUCUUUGCAAGGUAUGGUGAGAUUGAGGAGGGUCCGCUUGGGCUUGACAAGGUCACUGGGAAACCCAAGGGAUUUGCUCUUUUUGUCUACAAAACCAUUGAGAGUGCCAAGAAGGCUCUUGAGGAGCCGCAUAAGCAUUUUGAAGGAGUUGUGCUCCACUGCCAGAAGGCGAUUGAUGGACCAAAGCCCAACAAAUUGGCAGGACCUGGAGGCUUCUACGGUGCUGGGGCUUCAAGUGGCAGCAAGGGGGUUCCUGGUUAUGGAUCUACUAGUCAUACUCUGCCCGGAAGUGUUGGUAUUGGCCAGCCAAUGUCACCUUUGGCUCCCAGCUUGGCUUCACUGCCUGGAGGUAUUGCUGCCGCCCCAGGGGUGGAUCCUGCUCUAGGACAGGCCUUGACAGCUUUGCUUGCCACCCAGGGUGCUGGACUGAAUUUGAAUAGCAUCCUGGGAGUUGGUGCCAAUGGCUCAGGGGUGCCUCCUCAGGGGGCAUCUGGAGCACUGAGUGGUAGCAGUUUGCCGGGGAUGCAAGGUGGUUAUAUGGGUGGCUAUGGUGGUUCUGGUGGGUACGGGGGUGCACCGUGAGGAGGUCCUGGAAGAAAUUACAUGGGUCAUUAGGAUGGUUAUAACUAUUUUACUGUGGCCAGAUGAUUCUACAUGUUCCUGCUUGGCACUUAUAAACUUGCUUUUUUAAGCUGUUUCUGGCUACUUAUGCUGUGGUCAAAGUUUUCAUAAGGACUUUGAUUUCCUCCACCUACCGUUUCGAAAUGAAACAGUAUUUCGUACAACUAUUUAGAUUUUCAAAAGGUCAUCUUGUGGCUCGCAAGACUGUUGUAAAAGACUUAAUUCAUGUGGAUUUAAAGCACUGCGGUAUUUAACUACAAUACUGUUUUCGUGUUUUCUGUCUACUUUUUUUCAAAAGGCCAUCUUGUGGCUUGCGAGACAAUUGUAAAAGACUUAAUGUUGAUUUAAAGCACUGUGGUAUUUAAAGAUAGUAAUGUUUUCGUGUUCUUUUUA